AUGAAAGAUGUUGUAAGGAAUAAUCUCCUCCGUCCGGCAAGCUUUUCGUUAUCAGAAGGCUCUGAUUCUGUUCCAUCUCAAAUUAUGUCCAUCAAGAUCUACGGCAACCUCACCAUGGCGAAAAACUCUUCCAUCACCACCACAAAUAUAAGACGCGGUCGCUCAACCCCAGCUCAACUUCCCAAUGAGAUCACCGGUGCUGAGGUAGAAGCAAAUGCAAGUGAUAUUGAAUUGGAGGCAGAAGGCCCAAUGGUAGAUGAUCAGGAGGUAGAACAUCUGCCAAUAGAAAACUUGGCUUUGGAAGAGCCACCUUGUCGACGCGGUCAUCCAGUUCCAAUAGCACAACCACAAGCUCUGCCCCGGCGCCGUCGAUCUUCAAGAAUUGCUCGACGUGCCGAACUCAGAAACCCACCACGCCAUAGACGUCCACUUCCCUCCGUUAAUGAAGAUUGGGAUUUCUGGUCCAAGAUCUGGACCUUACCUCCCAAUCUUCUCCGCUACCUCUCGCCCGGUUGGCUUAUUGAUUGGACCACUCGAGAUCGUCUGCGACAAAUCAUCUGGCACUUCAAGCCAAAUCAGCACAUCCCCUGUGACGCUCUCAAAGCAGAAAUUGUCGAGAUUUUUGAAGAUCAUGUUGUCCUCCAAUACGGUGCCUACUAUGGGAUCUAG